UCCACGAUCUAUCCAUCGAAGAAGUCGCCGAUCUCUGACAGCGAGGAAUGGUCUUCGAAAUCAAAUUACAGCGGAGAGACUGUCUUGUGCGAUCAGAGUCGCAAAAAUGAUUGGCCCUUUGGAUCUAAGUCUCCUUGUAACGAAUACAACUUGGAAGGCUCGAAACGAGAUCAGGAUUCUGGGGAAGAUGUUUGUAGGACGAAUGACGAAAAGGAGGUUUGCAAAUGCAGCGAGGGCAGCUUCAGAAGCAAGAGGAGACUUUCCAGGACUAUGCAGAGGGAACCGUGGUCCACGUGCAGUUGCAUCGUGGAGGAAGAAGAGGAGGGAGUCUGCGUCACAGCGAAAGAUACUCCUGAGAUUACAGUGUGUCAACAACCAACAGAACACGCUGAGGAAGAAAUUACUGUUUGUCAGAGGGACUCAAAGAAAGAUCGCUUAGAGGAGAAUUCAGAUGUUUCAACUAGGGACAGAAUAGUUUCAGGAGAUGAAGGAAAAGGCUCGAAGGAAGAGCAAGCCGAUGUGGAUUUGAAAUUAGGGCGAGCGGCGGUGGAUGAACAAAAAGAGAACGGAGAUGCUUCCGCUUCUAAAAAGUUAUUGAGACCCGAGACUCUAGCACUGCGGCAACUUCUGCAGCAAAGUAAGCCAAUUACGCACACUGUCGAGCAGAAAAGCAUUGUCUCGACUCCAGCGAAAAACGAUGAUACAGAACAAUUGAACGGAGAAUCGCCUAUCGUGAAAGCAUCGGAGAUAACUGUGCCACCAUAUUUAAAGAAGUUUAAUAUCCGUGAAAGGGAUAGAUUCAUGAAGCAUUUGACCUCUGAACGGAAUCAAAAAGAUGAAGAAGAAUCUAAGGAAGCCAAAGCUGUUGAAGAGGCAGCAGAGAAGAAAAUGGAAGACAACGCAGAUGGAAAAGAUACGGAGCAGAGAGAGAGUUUUCCGGGAAGGCUGAGGAACUCGUUGUUCAAGACCUUUAGGAAAGUGACAGGCAAGGAGAGAGAUAAGAUCACCGACGAUUCUGAUCACAUCAACGAUAAGAAGACAGAGAUUUCUGAAGAAGUUGUCGAAGAUCAAUCGGCGAAGCCCGAGAAUGAAGCGCAGGGGACGCAAAAGGAGAAGAGGAUGUCUUUGGUUCAAAGGCUGGAUAUAAAUAAAUUUUUUAAGAAGAGGGAAAAACCAGGGAUCAAUAAUUCGAAGAAUACGGAGCUAGGAAAAAAUAAUGAAAAUUCUAUUGUAGUUGAUACACUGUCUAAAUCUAAUAUGAAUAUUGAAAUUAAAGACGACGCAAAGAAAGAGGAAAACAUGGAGGAGGUGGUUGCUGACGUCGCUGAAGUGAGAAAAGACAAAUCGUUAACUAAUAUUGCUAUCAAGAAUCUUGCUUCUAAUCCUCCAAGUACUAACGUCGAAGAACCAAAAAAAACCAUAUCUCAAGAGCUCCCAAAAAUGUUGAGUUCCCAAGGUAUUAUUAAAAAGGACAGUCCUCCUGUUCGAGGAUUAAAGCCAAAGGAACAAAAGGACAUCGGGAAUCAAGAAAAGAAGAAGCCGGAUGUGUCAAAGCCCAAAGUUCAAAAAGAGAAAGCUGCAAAAACGAGAGACACCGAGGAGUGCAUAACUCUGAAGAAGGAUUCAGCGACAGUCUGCACGCAAUGCACUCGACAAAAACUACCAACGAAAGAGCCAAGGCAGCGAGAAGCUUCUCGAUGCGUGUCCCGAGAAAUCGAACCACAGACAGUGUGCACGAACUUAAUCUUCCCAGUACGCACUAACGAGGAAAAGGAAAGAGCAGGAGACAGCAGAUGCAAUUGCCGUUGCCUGCCACCGUCGCCGAGAUGCAGCAGAGUCAGUAAUUACCCAAAAAGUUGCUUAAAGAAGGAGAGGCAAUUUUAUCGAAUGGAUUCUCAGGAAAUCCCUGCUUCGUGCCAAGACAAUAGAAGCUGGGAAGAAUGCGGUUGCAGGAGGAUAGUCUUCUGCGAAAAUUGCUGCAGGCCGAGGAAUGAGUGCAGCUGCAGACCAGUGGUCCCUUGCGCGACCUGUUGCAAGCCGAAGCUCGAGUGCGUCUGCAACGCGGUGUGCACCUCCAGCAAUCAUUACAGACACUUGAAGUCAAUGGUCUGUCUCUACUGCGACAGACCUCGGGAUAGUUGCGCAUGCAGGUCACCGAUGCGAAAGUGCUCGUGCUGCGAGUUAGCCGUGGAUCUGUGCCGCUGCGAUGAAAACCGGGAAACGUUCCGCGACGGAAGACAGGUCCCCACCGAGCCCGAUAACGAUCGCACCAUGUACGUAACCGCGUGGAAGCCCAGGGAGGACGUUCGGCGUUACUUCUCGAGGAACCUCGAGGAUCUCGGCCGCGACGCGAUCAAUGAGUGCCGCUGCCACGAGAAGCUGAAGGCGCAGAACUCCGAUGACCUCCCUUAUCAACGGCUCAGCUGCUUCUCGGACGUAAUGAACGAGCUGCAGCAGAAGAUGAGCGAGUCCGUGUGCUGCACACAGUGCCGGAAGAUCCCCUGUUGCUGCGGCGUCAAGGUCGACGAGGGAAGGGACGAGAGAAAGAUCAAGUAUUGCGUUAGUCCGAAAUCAAGGCGCAAAGUGGUGGCGGUAUGCGUGGAGAAGCCGAGGAGCAAAUCUCCGACGAUCUGCAAGUGCGAUCCGCAAUCGAGAGGCGACAGACAGAAGAAGAUAGUGGUCUGCUGCCACUGCAAAUCGUCCCCGUGCAGAUGCAAGAGGACGCCGAAGCCGAAGAAGCCGAGGAUGAAGUGCUACUACUGCAAGAACUCUCCCUGCGUCUGCAUUGCGAGCAGAGAACGCGGCAAGCCGAGGCCGUGCAGGUGCGCUGAUUCACCUUGCCGCGCGAAAGAAAAGGAAAUCACUGUGUGCGGAAAAACAUCCACGAAACCGAAGAACAACGAGGAGAAGAUCGUUUGUGUCCGUUAACGGGACACCUGCGAUUAGGAGCGUAUCCUUGUCACAAGCCAGUCAAGGCUUUGCCAAACGAAAAACAAAGAACUUGGCUUAACUGAACGAAAGCUUUCCGCUCCCGUAGAGAGAAUGUUUUGUUGACCGUCGUCGUCGUUGUUAUUGUUGUUGUUUUUGUGGAAAUAUUACAGACACUCCGUAAGUGUAGCUUCGAUAACGAUAUUAUGAAAGUGUUACAUUUGUGUUCGUCUCACGUGGUAGAGCGAGAAAUAGUUGAACGGCAGUCAGCUACUCCAUCGUAUAUCAUUUUUGUGACGACAAACAACGACGCCCGAUAAAGAAACCGGGCUUCACGAGAUCAGUGAGGGAGACGAAUAAGAGCACGAGAAUGAUUCUCGAAGUUCUAAAAUAUCGGGAUUAAUACGAGAACAAAAACAAACUCUCAGAAACCUGUCAGAGGGUUAGUCCUGCGUUCUCGUGCCCCAAGGUUAACGCUGCUCGCGUUGAUCAAUCGUACAAUAAUUAUUUCAUUUAUGGGAAUAAUAUUAUCGCACAAUUAACAAUCUCGAGUACCAUUUAUACGAACGUUCACGGUCAAUCCAGUAUCCGACGCGAAGAUAAAUUCCAGGCUCGAUUAAUCGCGUAAUUGACGAGUUAGUUAACCCCUGAUCGGCCGAGGUGGACGAC